CUCGAGGAUGGGGCCCCUCCUGCUGCUCUCGGGGGCCCUGGUGCUGGCAGAGACCCGGGCAGGUUCCCACUCCCUGCAGUUCUUCACCACCGCCGUGUCCCGGCCGGGCCGCGGGGAAGCCCAGUACAUCUCCGUGGGCUACGUGGACGACACGCCGUUCGCGCGCUUCGACAGCGACGCCGAGAACCCGAGGGUGGAGCCGCGGGCGCCGUGGAUGCGGCAGGUGGACCCGGGGUACUGGGACCGGAACACGCGGUUCGUCAAGCGCAGCGCACAGAACUGCGGAGUUAUGCUCGACAACCUGCGCGGCUACUACAACCAGAGCCAGGCCGGGUCUUACACCUACCAGUCUAUGUGCGGCUGCCACCUGGCGCCCGACAGGCGCCUCCUCCGCAGGUAUGAGCUGUUCGCCUACAACGGCGCGGAUUAGAUCGCCCUGAAUGAGGACCUGCGCUCCUGGACCGCAGCGGACACGGCGGCGCUGAUCACACGGGGCAAGUGGGAGGUGGCAGGUGUGGCUGAGCAAGAGAGGGCCUACCUGGAGGGCACGUGCGUGGAGUGGCUGCGCAGAUACCUGGAGGCGGGGAAGGAGACGCUGCAGAGCCUGGUCCCCCCAGAAACACGUGUGACCCACCACCCCACCUCUGACCGGGAGGCCACCCUGAGGUGCUGGGCCCUGGGCUUCUACCCCGCGGAGAUCUCCCUGACCUGGCAGCGGGAUGGGGAGGACCAGACCCAGGACACGGAGCUCGUGGAGACCAGGCCUGGGGGCGACGGAAGCUUCCAGAAGUGGGCGGCUGUGGUGGUGCCUUCUGGGGAGGAGCAGAGAUACACGUGCCGUGUGCAGCACGAGGGGCUGUCCGAGCCCCUCACCCUGAGAUGGGGUGGAGAAGGAGGGAGCUACACUCAGGCUGCAUGCAGUGACAGUACCCAGGACUCUGAUGGGUCUCUCACAGCUUCUACAGUGUGACAGCUGCUUUGUACGAGACUCAGCGUGACAAGAUCUGUUCAAGGCACCACCGUUGACAUCAGGAGCUCCUGAUGCCUUUCUGCAGUCAGCAUCUGAAUGUCUGUUCUAGCAGCGUAAUGUGAAGAACUGGGGGGCGCGGCCGACUCCCGAGCACACCUGCCUCGGCCCAGUCUGCCCCUGCGGAGGGAGGGUCUGUGAUACCACGAGAUGGAUUUUCAGACCCGUCAAACUCUUGCCUUCCUUCUGGACCAUUCACUCAAUUGUUAUUCUGUUGCUUCCCCAAUCUUUUUCAAGGAUCCAGACUGUGGGAUAGCAAAGAGGAAAGAUCCCAUAACUUCUCACCUUAAUAAACUGCCGUUAAGUUUCUAUUUUGU